AUGGGGGUGGCUAUGAGAGAAGAUGGAGGAACCCUUGGAGUGUUUUCACCUAAAAAGACUCCUCACCUGGUGAAUCUUAAUGAAGAUCCCUUGAUGUCUGAGUGUCUCUUAUAUUAUAUCAAGGAUGGCAUCACUAGAGUUGGCCGUGAGGAUGUAGAGAGGAGACAGGAUAUUGUCUUAAGUGGCCACUUCAUCCGUGAAGAACACUGUGUUUUCCGCAGUCAUUCUAUGCCCUGUGGGGCAGUGGUGGUGACCCUGGAACCCUGUGAUGGGGCUGACACAUAUGUGAACGGGAAGAAAGUGACAGAAACAAUUAUACUGAGAUCCGGUAAUCGAAUCAUAAUGGGUAAGAGUCAUGUAUUUCGCUUCAACCACCCUGAGCAAGCACGUCAAGAAAGAGAGCGCACUCCCUGUGCUGAGACCCCUAUGGAACCUGUGGACUGGGCUUUUGCUCAGAGGGAGCUGCUAGAAAAGCAAGGCAUAGACAUGAAGCAGGAAAUGGAGCAAAGACUUCAAGAGCUGGAAGAUCAGUACAGAAAAGAACGUGAAGAAGCAAAUUACCUCCUAGAGCAACAGAGAUUGGAUUAUGAAAGUCGGUUGGAAGCACUACAAAGACAAAUGGAUUCAAGAUAUUACACUGAGGCCAAUGAUGAAGAGGAGGAACCAGAGGACGAAGUUCAGUGGACGGACCAAGAGUAUGAUCUAGCGCUAUGGGCUUUUCGCAAAUGGAAAUGGUACCAGUUCACUUCAUUACGUGACCAGCUAUGGGGCAAUGCCAUAUUUCUCAAAGAGGCCAAUGCAAUCAGUGUCGAGCUAAAGAAGAAGGUUCAGUUCCAGUUUGUACUGCUGACAGAUACUCUGUAUUCACCACUACCGCCUGAUUUGUUGCCCCCUGAUGCUCACUCUGAACGGGAGAAACGUCCCUUCCCAAGGACCAUUGUGGCUGUAGAGGUCCAGGACAUCAGUAGCAGGAGUGUUCACUUUAUUGCUUCGGUAUUAAAACUUCCACAGGCAGCGUCUGGACAUGAUGCGGGAAAUGUACGACGACCGAGCAGCUGAACUUCCAUCAGGUCUGAGUGAAGACUGUGAUAAUGUGGUGACUGGGGGUGAUCCCUUUUAUGAUCGCUUCCCAUGGUUCCGUCUGGUGGGCAGCUCUCCCUUAUUCACCACAUGCAUGAGUGACAGCAUGGCCGAAAUAACCCCCUCCCCCACCCUCUCAAGCCCUGGCUCCGAGGGCCCAGAGACGGCCUCCCAGCUUGAAGAGGAGGAGGGUUUGGAGUAUGAGGAGGAAGAGGAAGAUGGAUCCCAGGAGCAUCCCUGCUGUGCUGUCAGAUCCGACCCGUUUCACGACCGCUCCCCCCCUGUUCAGUGUAGUGGGAAGGGCAUUUGUCUAUCUGAGCAACUUGCUGUAUUCCGUGCCCCUGGUCCACCGA